CAAGCCGUUGUUGGACGUUUCUCGAACAGAGAUCUGAGUUUCAGUGCGCAAGAGUUUUUUAAACGACGGUCCAGAAUGGUGCAUCUCAAGGUCAGUGUCUUGAUCUUGUUCCUUGCAACCUUGGAGCAAACCCUGGGCUCCCCCGGUCACCACGUCCACCACCGCAUCCACGUCCCCACCAAAAUCAAGACCGUCUACCACACAAAAAUCAUCAAAAUUCCCGAACACCACCACUACUUCCACGAAAAAGAGAAACCCCACUUGGUCAAAGUGCCCGAACACCACCACUACUUCCACGAGAAGGAGAAGGAAAAGCCCUUGGAUUUGCACAGCUACCACCCCAAAGAGGAAGAUCUCGAUUUGCAGAACGACUGGGAGAGCGAUCACAAAAACUAUGAUUUUGAGGAGGGGCACAACAUUUUCAAAAAGCACGCUCCGGCGCACCACUAUAAGAAGAGGAGGCCCAAACCCAAACAUUGAGGAGGUUUUUGAGUAGGUGUAGUAGAGUGACUCAGGCAACCAGUUCUACCAACAGUUGUGCGUGAAAGUCGGCUGUUUUUUUCUUGUUUAUGAUCAGGUCUGCAAGAUGUUGCUGGAAAGUUGCAUAAAAGAGGAAAUGCAAACGGCUUAUAAUUCGAAAUGGUUCGCUUUCACUGGCGCUGAACUUGGUUUUGGAGUCACUCAAACUUGACUGAAAUAGCUUAUAUCGACUUGUUGAGUAAUUUUAGGCUUCUGUUUUUUUGUUACAUUGUUUGUUCCAGAAUGUAUAUUAUAAGUAAAUUUUAUGUAUUUCGA